UUGUCAUGUUGCUCAUUAACGAGUGCACCCACUACAUUGAUGAAGUGCACGAAGCACUCGGCAAGAUCAAGGUGCUCCAGGCCCAGCUGCAGCAAUCUGAAUGGGACGAUUCCAACCGUACCCGUGAGGAGGCCGAGAAGUAUCUCGCAGAAAAUGAGAAUAUGGCCGUCAGCUAUGCUAACCUCUCAACUGAAUCAGUCACCAUGCUCAGCUACCUCACAGAAGCCUACGUGGACCCAUUCCUCCGUGAUGAAGUGGUGGGCCGCCUGGCAGGAAUGCUCAGCUCGACCAUCCGCCAUGUUGUUGGCCCCCACGCACCCAACCUGGACCUGCUCGCAUGCAAAAAGUACGAAUACAAUCCACCAGCCUUGCUGUUGGAUGUCAUCAAGGUGUACCUGCACGCCGCGCAGUUGCAAAGCCCCACCGACCGGGCCAACGAACACUUUUUGACAGCGAUGUACAAGGAUGCCCGGUUUGACCUGGUGGUCUUGCGUCAAGCAGCCACGUAUUUGCGUGGUUUUGGCAUGCCCUCGGAUAUCAUCGACCUUUAUCUUGUACUGCUGCAGCAGGCCGAGGCGCUACAGCAGUCGGCUGAAGAUGAAGAGGCAAAUCUUGGUGACGUUCCCGAGGAGUACCUGGAUCCAAUCAUGUUUGAUUUAAUGCGUGAUCCCGUACGCCUGCCGUCAAGCGGGGUUGUCAUGGAUCGUUCCUCCAUCAUUCAGCAUCUUUUGUCCGAUCCCAUCGAUCCGUACAGUCGCAAGCCUCUGACACCCGAUCAACUCGAGCCAGUGCCAGAGUUGAAGGCCGAGAUCGAAGCGUGGAUUCAGGCUCAGAAGAGCAAAGCCAACGCUUCCUCAUCCUAGAAACUUGAGACUGGUGUCCUGAAGUAGGCGAUGCCAUCAACGGGCUUCCUCUGUGCCAAUCAAUCUUCGUACC